AUGUUCGUGCGCGCACGCGUACCCCUGCUGCUGGCACUGGCGCUGGCCGUGCUCCUCAUCCACGCGGUCGUGCCAUCCGUCGACGCGAAGAAGAGGAGGAUCACCGAUGACGAUCCGCUGAUCGACCCUGACGAGACGGACGAGGAGCGCAAGGCGUGGGGCAUCCCCACGUACGAGGAGCGCAUGGAGAAGAAGCGGAAGCAGGGGGGGGGUCUCGACAUCAACAAGCUGCAGAAGAUGAGCAGGAAGAACCCGUCGGACAUGGCCUUCGCGGCCAUCACAGGCUCCGAGCUGUGCUUCGUGCGUCUGCGGCCCGACGCGUCGCGCUCGAAGGAGGACGUGGACCGCAUGGCGUCGAUGUGGUCCGGGGCGCUGCGGUCGGGCGCCAACACCGACACCAUCUACGUCCUCGACGCCGACAACGUGAUCCUGAGCGUUGACGGCGCGGAGCAGGCCAUCGAGACGAAGAACUACCUCUUCACCUUCGACGAGGUGUACGAGUUCGAAAUCAAGGGGCAGAAGGUCCGCCGGCCCGAGGACACCGUCCCGCACGACCAGCUCGAGGGCGUGCGCGAGGCGCGCGAGGCCCGCGAGGCCAAGGACAAGGCCGAGAUGGAGCGGCUCAAGAAGCUCGCGAUGGAGCGCGGCGAGAAGGUCGCCGGCGACGGAGACGCUGCGAAGCCGAAGAAGAAGGCGAAGAAGAAGAAGACCAAGAAGCCCGAGCCCACCGGCGAACUGUGA